UGACGUUUGAUCCGUUUGACAUUUCGACAUUCUUGUAUUUUCAUAUUUUCAUUCGUCCCGAAAUCAAGAAAUUCGGAAAAUGUCGGCGUUAAUAAAGGGCUUCAAAUUGGCCAAUCAAAUAAGCAAUAGGUCCCCGAUGCUCCUGUACACAACCACAAGAAAUCAUUGGAACAAGGAUUUCAAACCGGCACCGUAUCCAAAAACCGAAGAGGAACGAGUGGCUGCCGCUAAGAAAUACAAUCUACUGCCCGAAGAAUACAAACCGUAUCCGGACGAUGGUAUGGGCUACGGUGACUAUCCACAUCUACCCGAUGUGUCGGCCGAUUUAAAGGAUCCGUACUAUCCGUACGAUUUGCCCGACUUGAAAAGAAAUUUCAACGAACCGGUUCAUGCGGAAAUCGAUUACUGGGGCGAAGAUCGUGUAGGUCCGGAACCGACACUAAUCUCUGGACGAAAUCAACUGUUGGCGUUCUCUGGUGUGAUGAUUGGAUGUUUCGCACUUUACCUGUGGUUGGAGGAUAAGCGAAUGUAUCGUCCGGCUGUUAAGAAACAAUUGCCCGGCGAUGGUAAAGUUCAUUAUACGUUUGAGAGAAAUUAAUGGGGGGUGCAGGGUAAGCAGACACCGUUCUGUGCUUUUCUGGAUUAGAUAAUGUUUUUGUGACUGGAAACAGCUGUAAAUAAAGAGGUUAACCGUCAGAACAAAA